UGAAGUAAAACGUCAUUACGUUUUAAUCGUGUUUUGAGCGCGGGAGCUUUGAGGAAAUUUGCCGACAUCAGGCAGAAAACAUUGCAGGUGUUAUCAUGGCGAUGAGAGGAGAGACGAGAGUGGAGGUAGAGACGGAGGAGGAGGAGAACUACGGCCCACAGCCUCUCUCCAGACUGGAGCAUUGUGGGAUUAGUGCCAGCGACAUCAAGAAGCUGGAGGAUGCAGGGUUCCACACCAUAGAAGCAGUGGCCUACGCACCCAAGAAAGAGCUGCUCAACAUUAAGGGCAUCAGUGAAGCCAAAGCAGACAAAGUUUUAGCAGAAGCAGCCAAGCUGGUGCCGAUGGGCUUCACUACUGCUACCGAGUUCCAUCAAAGGAGAGCAGAGAUCAUCCAGAUCUCCACAGGCUCCAAGGAGCUGGACAAAUUACUGCAGGGUGGGAUCGAGACGGGUUCCAUCACAGAGAUGUUUGGAGAGUUUCGGACCGGAAAGACCCAGCUGUGCCACACGCUGGCCGUUACCUGUCAGCUGCCUAUUGAUCAGGGAGGUGGAGAAGGGAAAGCAAUGUACAUCGACACAGAAGGAACCUUCAGACCUGAGAGACUGCUGGCUGUAGCUGAAAGGUAUGGGCUAGUGGGCAGCGACGUGUUGGACAAUGUGGCCUACGCUCGAGCCUUCAACACAGACCACCAGACUCAGCUGCUUUAUCAAGCCUCUGCCAUGAUGGCUGAGUCCAGGUAUGCCCUGCUUAUCGUGGACAGCGCCACUGCGUUGUACAGGACAGACUAUUCAGGCAGAGGGGAGCUGUCGGCCAGGCAGGGGCAUCUGGGGCGGUUCCUCCGCAUGCUGCUCCGGUUAGCAGAUGAGUUUGGGGUUGCCGUGGUAAUAACCAACCAAGUGGUGGCGCAGGUCGAUGGGGCAGCCAUGUUUUCAGCAGAUCCCAAGAAACCAAUUGGUGGCAACAUUUUGGCUCAUGCUUCCACCACAAGGCUGUACCUGAGGAAAGGCCGAGGAGAAACCAGGAUCUGUAAAAUCUACGACUCCCCCUGCCUGCCGGAGGCUGAAGCAAUGUUUGCAAUCAAUGCAGAUGGCGUUGGAGAUGCCAAGGACUGAGCCUCCCUUGGCCAGCAGGGGGCUGUAGUGGGCUCAGGAAGAGCUAGAGUAAAGUGUUCUCAUGGUUGGUUGACUGUUCAUCACAGUCAGUAAAUAUCUCCUACCUGGACAUCAGGUCAUAUUAGAUCUAAACAUUCCUCAGUUACAUGAUGAGUAUCAGUAACAAGACCUUCAUAGAGUACUGACAAUGUAACCUGGGAAACCUGAACAAAUGACUUCAAUGGACAAUAUUUGUCUAGAGAUUUUGCUGAGGCUUGUGUGUCUAAGUUUAGCCUCAGAAGGCAGAAAUUUUAUUUAAAAUGUUUUUGUCCUUAAGCUGUUCUGUCCAUAUUCCAUUCAGAACUAAAUUUCUGAAUUAUUUGAGCAGUGUGUUAAGGGAUCCUUUAAUAAACUGGUAACUAAUUCAGAA